AGCGGCAGAGGCUGGAGCUGCAGCGCGGUGGGGCCGGGCCGGGCCGGGCGCGCACAGAGGCUGCAAGCAGCGGCAUCGGCAGCGGCAGCAUCUCCAGGUGCCAGACUCUGUUGUGGAUUGAGAAGGACACAGAGGCAGCAGAACACCAUCGCUCAGCCCCCGAGCCAGCAAGCUAUGAGCCCCGUGUCCUCAGCCCUGGUGGCUUUCAUUUAACCGGAAGACAAAAGGGUGGGACUGCCCCGACCAUGUAGAUGCCGGCUCUGGGGAGCAGCAUGGGCCCCACUGAAUGGAGACUUCUGGAUCUACAGCCCUGAGCCUGCCCGGCCCCUGGACCUCGCCCCGAAACUGGGGAUACCCCUUGGAGUUCACCACCACUGUCGCCAGCCCACCUCGGCCGUCCCCUCCCCCAAGGCCCCAGCGACAGCCCCCGGGAACCCCCACUGUCCCCUAAGGCUGUGCUGAAGACAGCCCCCACGGAGCAAUCACCCAGCACCCUCCUGUCCAGCACUGACCCUCAGGCCUACCCCAAGUGGGGACUGCAGCCGACAUGGGUGACAUGACCAAUAGCGACUUUUACUCCAAAAACCAAAGACACGAGCCCAGCCAUGGGGGCGAAUUCGGGUGCACGAUGGAGGAGCUGCGGAGCCUCAUGGAGCUGCGAGGCACCGAGGCCGUGGUCAAGAUCAAAGACACCUACGGCGACACAGAAGCCAUCUGCCGGCGCCUGCAGACGUCCCCCGUGGAAGGCCUGCCUGGCACUGCACCGGACCUGGAGAAGAGGAAGCAGAUUUUUGGGCAGAACUUUAUACCUCCAAAGAAGCCGAAAACCUUCCUGCAGCUGGUGUGGGAGGCGCUGCAGGAUGUGACGUUGAUCAUCUUGGAAAUCGCGGCCAUCAUUUCCCUGGGGCUUUCCUUCUACCACCCACCUGGAGAGAGCAAUGAAGGAUGUGCCACGGCCCAAGGCGGGGCCGAGGACGAAGGGGAGGCAGAGGCCGGCUGGAUCGAAGGUGCGGCCAUUCUCCUGUCAGUCAUCUGCGUGGUUCUUGUCACGGCCUUCAAUGACUGGAGCAAAGAAAAACAGUUCCGAGGCCUGCAGAGCCGCAUCGAGCAGGAGCAGAAGUUCACUGUGGUCAGGGCCGGCCAGGUGGUCCAGAUCCCCGUGGCCGAGAUUGUGGUUGGGGAUAUAGCCCAGAUCAAAUAUGGCGACCUCCUCCCCGCUGAUGGCCUCUUCAUUCAAGGCAACGACCUCAAGAUCGAUGAGAGCUCCCUAACUGGGGAGUCAGACCAGGUGCGCAAGUCAGUGGACAAGGACCCCAUGUUGCUAUCAGGGACCCAUGUGAUGGAAGGCUCUGGAAGGAUGGUGGUAACAGCUGUGGGUGUGAACUCCCAGACUGGCAUAAUCUUUACUCUGCUGGGGGCAGGUGGUGAAGAGGAAGAGAAGAAAGACAAAAAAGGUGUGAAGAAAGGGGAUGGCCAACAGCUACCAGCGGCCGACGGUACGGCAGGUUCAAAUGCUGCAGGUAGUACAAAUGCUGGCCUAGUCAAUGGUAAGAUGCAGGAUGGGAAUGCGGACGCCAGCCAGAGCAAAGCCAAGCAGCAGGAUGGAGCAGCCGCCAUGGAGAUGCAGCCACUGAAGAGCGCGGAGGGUGGGGACGCAGACGACAAGAAGAAAGCCAACAUGCACAAGAAGGAGAAAUCAGUGUUGCAGGGCAAGCUCACCAAGCUGGCCGUGCAGAUCGGCAAAGCAGGCCUGGUAAUGUCAGCCAUCACAGUCAUCAUCCUGGUACUCUACUUCACCGUGGACACCUUCGUGGUCAACAAGAAGCCCUGGCUGCCUGAAUGUACCCCAGUCUACGUGCAGUACUUCGUCAAGUUCUUCAUCAUCGGGGUGACGGUGCUUGUGGUCGCUGUGCCUGAGGGGCUCCCUCUGGCUGUCACCAUCUCGCUGGCCUACUCAGUCAAGAAAAUGAUGAAGGAUAACAAUCUGGUUCGCCACCUGGAUGCCUGUGAGACCAUGGGGAAUGCCACAGCCAUCUGCUCAGACAAGACGGGCACGCUGACCACCAACCGCAUGACAGUGGUGCAGGCCUACGUGGGCGAUGUCCACUACAAGGAGAUCCCUGACCCCAGCUCCAUCAAUGCCAAGACCAUGGAGUUACUGGUCAACGCCAUCUCCAUCAACAGCGCCUACACCACUAAGAUCCUGCCCCCAGAGAAGGAGGGCGGCCUGCCCCGACAGGUGGGCAACAAGACGGAGUGUGGGCUGCUUGGCUUCGUCUUGGAUCUGAAGCAGGACUACGAGCCCGUGCGGAGCCAGAUGCCAGAGGAGAAGCUGUACAAGGUGUACACCUUCAACUCGGUGCGCAAAUCCAUGAGCACCGUGAUCAAGCUGCCCGAUGAGAGCUUCCGCAUGUACAGCAAGGGGGCCUCGGAGAUCGUGCUCAAGAAGUGCUGCAAGAUCCUCAACGGGGCAGGCGAACCCCGGGUCUUCCGACCCCGAGACCGGGAUGAGAUGGUGAAGAAGGUGAUUGAGCCCAUGGCAUGUGACGGGCUGCGGACCAUCUGUGUGGCCUACCGCGACUUCCCCUGUAGCCCUGAGCCCGACUGGGACAGUGAGAAUGACAUCCUUAACGACCUCACCUGCAUCUGCGUGGUGGGCAUUGAAGACCCUGUCCGGCCAGAGGUCCCUGAAGCCAUCCGCAAGUGCCAGAGAGCAGGCAUCACAGUCCGCAUGGUCACCGGGGACAACAUCAACACAGCCCGUGCCAUCGCCAUUAAAUGCGGCAUCAUCCACCCUGGGGAGGACUUCCUGUGUCUGGAGGGCAAGGAGUUCAACAGGCGCAUCCGUAAUGAGAAGGGAGAGAUCGAGCAGGAGCGGAUUGAUAAGAUCUGGCCGAAACUUCGGGUGCUGGCCCGCUCCUCGCCCACGGACAAGCACACACUAGUCAAAGGAAUCAUUGACAGCACCCACACGGAGCAACGGCAGGUGGUGGCAGUCACCGGGGAUGGCACGAACGACGGCCCUGCUCUCAAGAAGGCGGAUGUGGGCUUCGCCAUGGGCAUCGCGGGUACUGAUGUAGCCAAGGAGGCCUCCGACAUCAUCCUCACGGACGACAACUUUAGCAGCAUCGUCAAGGCAGUCAUGUGGGGUCGCAACGUGUACGACAGCAUCUCCAAGUUCCUGCAGUUCCAGCUGACAGUCAACGUGGUGGCUGUGAUCGUGGCUUUUACGGGCGCCUGCAUCACGCAGGAUUCGCCGCUGAAGGCCGUGCAGAUGCUGUGGGUGAACCUUAUCAUGGACACCUUCGCCUCCCUGGCUUUGGCCACUGAGCCCCCCACUGAGACCCUGCUGCUGAGGAAGCCAUAUGGCCGCAACAAGCCCCUCAUCUCCCGCACCAUGAUGAAGAACAUUCUGGGCCACGCCGUCUACCAGCUGACGCUCAUCUUCACACUGCUCUUUGUUGGUGAGAAGAUGUUCCAGAUCGACAGUGGGAGGAACGCACCCUUGCACUCGCCACCCUCUGAACACUACACCAUCAUUUUCAACACCUUCGUCAUGAUGCAACUCUUCAAUGAGGUCAACGCGCGUAAGAUCCACGGCGAACGCAACGUCUUCGACGGCAUCUUCCGAAACCCCAUCUUCUGCACCAUCGUGCUGGGCACCUUUGCCAUCCAGAUUGUCAUCGUGCAGUUUGGGGGGAAGCCUUUCAGCUGCUCCCCGCUGCAGCUGGACCAGUGGAUGUGGUGCAUCUUCAUCGGCUUAGGGGAGCUCGUGUGGGGCCAGGUGAUCGCCACCAUCCCGACCAGCAGGCUCAAGUUCCUGAAGGAGGCAGGCCGGCUGACGCAGAAGGAGGAAAUCCCCGAGGAGGAACUCAAUGAAGACGUGGAAGAGAUUGACCAUGCCGAGCGGGAGCUGCGCCGUGGCCAGAUCCUAUGGUUCCGGGGCCUCAAUAGGAUCCAGACCCAGAUCCGAGUGGUGAAGGCGUUCCGUAGCUCUCUCUAUGAAGGCCUAGAAAAGCCUGAGUCUCGAACCUCCAUCCAUAACUUCAUGGCUCACCCCGAGUUCCGGAUCGAAGAUUCCCAGCCCCACAUCCCCCUCAUCGACGACACGGACCUGGAAGAAGAUGCCGCACUCAAACAGAACCCGAGCCCGCCGUCCUCGCUCAACAAGAACAACAGCGCCAUCGACAGCGGGAUCAACCUGACGACCGACACUAGCAAAUCAGCUACCUCUUCAAGUCCAGGGAGCCCCAUCCACAGCCUGGAGACGUCGCUUUAGCUGAGGAUCCUCCACCCGACAGCCACCGACAGACACCCACCGCCCAAACACCUGUCCCCCCCAUCCAGGCACUCUCCCGUCCCUCCACUCACUCAAGCAGCAAGGUGAAACAACGGAAACCAAAUACUGGCGAGAAAACCGACUUGCACCCCACAAGACCCUUUUUUUCUGGCUGUAAUGCUGUUUGAACUCUUUUUCACUUCGAGGCAAGGGGCGGGAUGGCCUGGAGGGUGCUGAAGGGAAACUUGGACCCCCCCAUACACACACAAACACACACACACAUAUUACACACAACACACAUCCCUUCCCGGCUAGCCACCGAACCUGGCCCAGCCAUGCGCCUGCCCGCCAGCGCCACACCCAGUCCCUGCAUGGAAGUUCGGCAUUUCGACCCUCCCUGGCUGGGUUUUUUUGGGGAGAAAAGGGUUGGAAGGGAGGGGGGGUGUUUCUGGUUUUGUUUUCUUAGGCGGGAACUGCAAACAAGACUCUUUCUUUUGUUUAUUUUCCUGAGACUAUGUAUUCAAUCCACUGGUCCGUGAGUUUCUGAAAUGCUUGCGCAUGAGCUCCUUCUAGGUUAAGUUAACCACUUUUUGGAAUUACAGAGCUUAGCUCGCCUCCGUCAAUUUGCACCAAUGGAACCGAAGAACUUCAUAGAUACUCAAGAGGUUAUAUCCAUUUCUUUGUAUCUAUAUCCACGUAUACUUCGCCGAGAGACCGUAUACGUCCAUAUAGAUAGGUAGAUCUAUAUAUAUAUAUGAAUAUAUAUACAUGGAUAUAUAAAGUUUCUUUGCCAGCAUGUUGCCUUGUUUCCGCUUUAAAUCGCUCUAUUUUAACUUAUUUAUGUCCUACCAGAAGAAUGUAAUUUGUUUACAAACCUGUAGAUAACGUCUCUGGCUAUCUGUACGGUUUGCGAAAACUGGGAGCCGAGCUGUACUGCCCACAGUCCGGCCCUGCAGACAUUUCCCUUGGACGGCCUCCGAAAGGACUUUUUGUGAUAGCCAUGCGCCCCUUCUGCCUGCUUUUUUCUGUUCCUGACGUCACUUAUCACUACCACGGGAAGCUCAGCAGGAGAUGCAGGCCCAAAGGAUCUGCAACUGUGCUCUGUAGACCGACGGAGAGGAAGAGAGAAGGCUUCUUGGUGGCCAGAACCUGGCCAGCCUAGGGCCAGGACCACAGCGCCUGCCCAGCCCUGAAGAGAAGCCUCUUCUCUCAAUGAAUACUCGCUGGAGUUUACUAAGAGCAUGUCACGCCGAGCUUCUCCCGGGCACUGCCCGCACAAGGCCUGGAGGUAGCGGUGCAAUAUUAUACCUGCUGUUGUGUUGACUCUUGUUGGUGGUUUUUUGUUUGUUUGUUUGUUUGUUUGUUUUUGUUUUAGUUAGUAAUCUCAAGGUUUUUUUUUCUCCUUAUCCAUUGCAACGUCUGGGCUGUUGGCAUAUUGGAUAAGGGUCAUUAUGGUUUGCUGCCUUUCUUUCUUUCUUUUAUUUUUUUUCUUUGUUCUUUCUGAAGAAUAGCCUUUUUUCUCUGCACUAUUUAGAUCCGAACGAACCUUAUGAUAUGUACAUUGAGAUGUGUUCAGUGUGAUUUUUUUUUAAACCAAAUUGUCUUCCUGUAGUCGCAAUCUAUACUGUAGCCUUUUAACAAGUCUUGCUUUCCUCGACUGAAAGCCAUUCUGAAACCCUACAGUAUCACAGGUGAGAAAGUUGGUUCUUACCCGCCCCCCCAACACACACACAAACCCCCAAAAAUAACAGCACUAGUAAUCCCACUUACUAAGAGUUUAUUUAAUUCUAUGUCAGCCUCUUAACUGCUAAAGCACUUUGUGGGUAUCAGCUUUUUUCAUAAAAAGAACUUUUGUAUUUAAUACAAAGUUUGCUUUGAGACUUUUCAGCAUACGAUCUUUUUCCAUAAACUUGUACAGUGCAAAGACAUUUUGAAUACCAUGGUCGAUGACGUCCCAUGCGUGGAGGAAAACAAAAAUAAUCAAAAACAAAAACAAAAACAAAAACAAAAACACUCCGCCUCUCGAAGUUCAUUCCCACGGUUGCUUCGUGCCGGCCUGGCCCUGCCCGGCCCAGGCCCAGAGAAUCUUCCACAAACAAGAUGACAGCCACUUGGGAAAAGAGCCAUAGCCCGCGGGGAGGGCCAGUGUCCGGAGGGCUGUGGUGGCCAUAAGGGUGUGGGGCCCACAUCCGCCCACCCACCGGCACAUUUUCUUGGAGGGAGCACUUCCUGGCCAGAGAGCACCCCCCGAAUGGGACGAAGACCCGUUUCUGGAUGUGCUUAGCAGAGAAGCCUGUGGCCCGAGCCCCCUGCCAUGCUUCCUGGAUUACAGGCCACUGCUGCCCCUAUAGCAAAUGGUUGCAUGCACGUGGCUAGCACCAAGUCCAGGAUGGGUAUGGGGGUGUCAUUUCCCUGCCCCCACCUUGUCCCGGACAGCAGAAGCCAGGGGGAGCCUGGCAUAUAGGAGGGUCUCCUCUGGGGAACCGUACUUGGGACCUCCCAAAAUUCCAACAUCAGGGUGGGUCUUAUCAGAAGAGAUGCCCCCACCACCUAUACCCCCCCACGGGCACCUAUAUGCACACACACCCAUUAAGACUGGGGUCUCUCCAUAUUCACAGUAGCACAUAAAGCUUGCACUCCGCUCUUAUAUCUAGCAGCAUGGGGUACGUUUGGCAGUUCACCCCAUUAGGGGGUCAAUAAUUUAUGACCAUCUGUUUUUAUGAAUUUUUUUAUCUAGACAAUAAUUGUAAAUAAAGAAUUCACCGUCUCUGCUCAUUUACUACUAUGCAAUGGUUAUGCUUUCCAUGGCCGGCUGCUUCUUCCCGCUGUGUGGGCCUGAAAGGUUUUGGUGAAAAAGGAAAACAAGGCAUGAAGCCACGUGUGACAAAAAGCUCUGUCCCGGAGACUUUAUGGGACUGUGGUUUCCAGCUGCUUCCUCUGGGCCCUGGACAAGGGCUCCGGGGAAAGGGGACAGAUUCAGCUCUGAGAUCAGAGCUCGGCAGCUUGUCACCCCAGUAAGUGAGGGAAGAUCUGGGUUGGAGCUGGAAAGUUCUCUCCCCAACCAGGGCAGAGAGCUGUGGAGAGGAAGGGCCCGCUCCUGGCCCUGUCCAGGACAGCCACUGCCCAAGCCAGGACCUACCCUGUAUCCCACCACCUCAUUUUCUGCUAUCCCAUCUGGCCUGGCUGUUGCUUCUCUGCACCCUGGCCGUUGAGGUCAACUGGCAUGUGCUGGACUCAGUCUCUUGUUCCCUAGACACAAGUUAUCGUUUUUGUCCCUUUAGAGGACUUGAAUGGAGAGAUGAGACCUUUGCUUUUGUGGGUUUUAUUUUGUUUGUUUUGUUUUUGCUUUUGUCAUGGCUCUUCUAUUUGUGUUUCGAAGUAAAUGUCACAAUUUGGCCAAUUCUGACCCCAAAUCCUGAACUGACGUUUUUGCUGUUGAUGCAUCUUCCUACCAUUGUAAGUUUUCCCCCUCGGACAGUAAAUGCUGACAGGAGGAACAAAGGGGGGUAUGCAGAGUUCAUUUCCUACCAUUGCACAUCCCCUCCUAUAUCCUAGGUCAGGACAUCAUCAGGAGAGGCCCUGCCCCCUUAGAAAUACCCCCACCUGGUCUGUGGAGCUCCUCUCCCACCUGAGGCCCACAGGUGCUCCUGCAGGGCAUGUGCAGGGUGGUGGCCCAGUGUCCACAUGUCCAGCUCUCGUCCAGACAUCCCUCUCACUGCCUGUCUCCUUCCCAGAACUGCUUUUUUUUCGAGGGAGGGCCUCCUCCUCUAGCAGUUGGGUAAUAGUUUUCUUUGGGGGCUCACACGUUAUGGUGCUGGGGGGUUUACUCCCAGCUAUGUGUUUGGAAGUCACUUCCCCAGUGCUCCAGAGACCAUGUGGUGCUGGGGACCAAGCACAUAUCAGGUGAGCCCCCAGUUCACAGAGCUGUCUCUCUGGCCUUAUAGCAGGUUCUUUAGAAAGGCAGCAACAGCCUGCACGAUCCCACUAUCCUAACUCUAAUCCUGAACCUCCCACGUGGCUCUCCCUGAAACUCCCCAGGGUCCCCCAUUCCACCAGGCCUUCCCCUGGUGGCCUUCCAGAGAGGAGCCAAGCCCCUGAUUUCAAAGUUUUCCGAACCCAAACAUUCAUCUGCCAGAGCCAGGGCAGAGAGGUCCUAGCCCUGGGCACCAGCCAUCAGCCCCGCCACCAAAACUAAGAUAUUUUGAGGCUGCUUAGGGUCUGCCUCUGGGGCCCCCUGAAGUCUGUCCAUGAUGUCUGUGGUGCUCACUUCUGGACUGGACCUCUCGGACGCCACACUCUGCUCAUUCUCAUGGGCGAUGCUUUUCUGAGGGGGUUGCGAGGUCAUGGUGCCGUUCCCCAGCUUCCACAAGCUGCCCGGGCUCUGGGUCAGAGGGCGUGGCUCGGGACAAUGGGGCUGGGAAGAGACUGUGCUCUUAUUGUACUCUUGAUUUCUCUGUAUCUCUGGCUUGUGCUCUUUGUAAUUCAUGGGAUUUGUCUGCCUUUCAACACUAUACUGAGCAAUAACAAUAAAUGCACACGUGGAAACGCA